CGGGAGCGCGCGCGCGCGCGCGUGCGAGCGGGAGAGGGGCGGGUGGGGAAGGAUCGCAGGCAACAUCCCGAGGCGAGGCUCGCGCGCCCGCCCCCGCCCUGGCCCCCAGCGCCCACCAGGUGGGCCCGGCUCAGCCAUGAUCAAGGCGAUCCUCAUCUUCAACAACCACGGGAAGCCGCGGCUCUCCAAGUUCUACCAACCCUACAGUGAAGACACACAACAGCAAAUCAUCAGGGAGACAUUCCAUCUGGUAUCUAAGAGAGAUGAAAAUGUUUGUAAUUUCCUAGAAGGAGGAUUAUUAAUAGGAGGAUCUGACAACAAACUGAUAUAUAGACAUUAUGCAACACUCUAUUUUGUCUUCUGUGUGGAUUCUUCAGAAAGUGAACUUGGCAUUUUAGAUCUAAUUCAAGUAUUUGUGGAAACAUUAGACAAGUGUUUUGAAAAUGUCUGUGAACUGGAUUUAAUUUUCCAUGUAGACAAGGUUCAUAAUAUUCUUGCAGAAAUGGUGAUGGGGGGAAUGGUGUUGGAGACCAACAUGAAUGAGAUUGUUACACAGAUUGAUGCACAAAAUAAACUGGAGAAAUCUGAGGCUGGCUUAGCGGGAGCUCCAGCCCGUGCUGUAUCAGCUGUAAAGAAUAUGAAUCUUCCUGAGAUCCCAAGAAAUAUUAACAUUGGUGACAUCAGUAUAAAAGUGCCAAACCUGCCCUCUUUUAAAUAACAAAUUAAAAAGGCCAUUCCCAGGUAAAAUCCAGGGGGAAUAGUCAUCUAAGUUUACCAUGCAGUUGUUUACCAAAAAUAGAGGAAGAGAGUCUCAACUUUUGCUCUUGGAUUUAAGUCAAGGUACUAUCAGAAGUUGUAUAAAAUUAGUGUGGAAGUUUAGUGUUGCUUUUCUUGCUCAGUGAUUUUGAAGAAAUAGUGUGAUUUUCUUUCUUUUUUAAACUGCAUUCCUGUGCCCACCUAAGGCAUGCCUCUCUGUAUUGGCUACUAAAGUGUUUCAAAAAGUGUUUGGACAUUUCUUUAAAUUAUUCACAACCCAAAAUGUUGGUGUUUUUUAUGGAUCCACAAAUGCAGCAUUCCUUAAUUCUUUGUUAUUUGUCAGAAUUGUUAUUUAAGGAACCAAGUAUGUAUUGCAUGAAAACAUGACUUUUUUCUCUUAGUUUAAAUAAACUCCAAGGUAACUGGACUUCUAAAGCA